CGUGACCUUACUUUCACAAAUGAUGCAUGACGGUUCAACCAGCGGUCUACAUUGUGUGACCUUCAAUAAAAGAUUGGUGUGUCGCAGCAGACGAUUGCAGUUCAUUCCAUUGCUUCUUCUCAAAUUUGCCUUCCAUUCUACGAGAAAAUGUACCGAUGGUCAUUGGUUUUGAGCAUUCUAAUUUCCUUGACGCCUUUGAAAACAAGUGCGGAUCUAAGUUCUCUUAUAAGAAACUACUCACCAGCAUGCCAGGCAGCAAUGUUCAAUAAUCCCGAUGUCUUCCAGAAAAUAAAUAUGGGAACACUAUGCAGCCAGGAAACGUCAUCGUGGAUAACCAAGAACUUUGUAAAACCAGGCCUCUGCACUGAAACUGAAAUGAACAAUCUGUCGUCUGCAAUUUGCGGCAGGGGUAGCAGUCAGGUCAACGUGACUAGUCCAGCAAAGAGAAGUUAUUUUGCAGGUUUGAGUUAUCUAAGCUCCAUCUGCCAGGCUAAAGUUGACAUUUGUCUCAAACAGUCGGUCAUUUCUGUGAUCUUGAAGCAGCAAGAGCAGUACUGUACUUUGAUGAACUUUCAAGUGAACGGCAUAAAUUUUGAAGCUUGUUUAAAUUCCGAACCACAGAACUGCACCGAAGCUGAGAUAAGCAGUCUCAAAUCUGCUGCUUGUCAGGUGACUACGACUGACGUAAACCAAACAUUGUCCAUUGCACUGCUCAAGUCUUCUCCAACUUGUCUGGCUCAGGUCUCAAACUGCGCAGACUCAAACCAGACUGCCAGGGAGUAUUUCUUGAACGAGAAGUUUUGCAAAGCGUUUACAGUUUUGGAGAAUGUGAGUUCCACUGCGCCGUGCAAGACAAACAAUUACUGCAGUGCUGCAGAUCUCGACCUCCUAAGAACCGCCGCGUGUGCAAGUUCAAAGCCAACCAACUCAACUCCACCCAAAAUAUAUUUGUUACCUUCAGCAAUCCAAGUCAUUAAAACAUUCACGUCAGCCUGCCAAUUAAUGUUCAGUCAAUCCGUUUAUAUGAAUAUGACUGCUAAGACCUACUGCAGUCAAGAAGGGUUAAAGGUGUUGGCACAGUACUUGGUCAGGAUGGGUUUUUGUACCGAGAACGAACACAACACUCUUACAGAAACUGUUUGUAACAGGAGCCGCCCAUACACACAGCUCACCAUAAGCCGAGCGAGAAGCAACUUUUAUGCUGCUCUGAAUAGCCAGAGCUAUCAGUGUCAGGCAAAGCUACAUUCAUGCCUGAAGUCCAAUUCUGCAUCUGUGGUGCUGAAGCAGCAGGAACAGUUCUGUUCUUUAUUAAACCUGGACAUGAAAGGGACGACUUCCGAGAUGUGCAUCACUCAUGGAACGCAGUCCUGCACAAAGUCGGAAUUCGACCAGCUGAAAUCCGCUGCGUGUGAAGUCACCGCGACUGACGUAGAUCAAACAUUCUCUGACGCUCUGCUCAAGACGUCGAUGAAAUGCCAGGCUCAGGUCUCCAGCUGUGUGGACUCCAACGAGAACGCUACGCAGCUAGUUGUCUUUGAGAACUACUGUGCUGCUCUGAAUGCGACCACUGGACCCAGAGUCGCAGCGUGCAAGGCAGUGAACGUUUGCACGUCUGCGGAGAUGAACUUACUCAGAGCGGCAGCCUGUGAGCCUGACACGUUGCUAAGUUCUGCUUCGUUUAGACCAGUGAGUGUUGUGUACGUAGCAUUGGUAGUAUUAUUAUGUUGGUCCAUAAAGCUUUAAGCAGUUUGAAACGAAAUGAUACAGAUGAUCUUGAAAAAAAAUACUGCUCGAGAGAGACGUGUGUAAGUUUGUGUGUGCGCGUGUGUGUGGCCUGUCUGAUUUUGAGAUAAUAGUUAUAUAGUAUUCAUUUAAAAAAAAGCAAUUUUUUAAGCUGUCAUAUUUGUGAUUAGAUUUAUCUUGAGAGUGAAACUACUCCCCUUGGACCAAUGCUAUUGGCUACAGAGGCCUGGACUUAGGGCUCAUGAAGGAAAUGAUUUUUUUAAAAAUAAUUUUUAAUUGUAGUAUAAGUAGUAUAAUUGUUUUUUUAAAGGCAUAUGCAUGUUUUAAUCAUGUUUUUAAUUGACUACUCCUGUUGUGCAAGAGGGCUUUAUGCUAAAAUAAAAUUACUAAAUUGUGCUAAUAACAGCUUACAUCAUAUUUCGAUACAUGCGAUUUUGUUGUUAUAACAAGUGUGUAAUCAUAAAUAUGAGAAAUGAAAACAUGCAUGCAUUCUAAAAUAAUAAUUUUAAUAAUGCUUUAAAGCCUACGUUUUAUCUCUGAGUCAAUUUUAAUUUUUUAUAUUAUUCUGCUCUUUUUGUUUUAAUGUUCACCAAAAGUCAAUAAAAAGUUUAUAAAACCUU